AGGAGAGUCCUUCCUUCACAUCCUCGACGUCCCACAAAGUUUCGAAGACCGCACGCAUGGCCAACUUGAGCGGCCAGAUCAAGGGCGCCGCCUAUUGCCUCCUCCUGUAUUUCCUCGUCGUCAUCGUCUUCUACAAGCCUUCUCCGCCUCCUUCACACGUCCUCGAGAAAUCCGUCGACAGUAGAGUACUAGAAGAACGUCUUAUGUCGGUGGCUCGGCGGGGUGGCAUCGCUGCGGCAUGGCAAGAGGGCCAGGCGUCGGGAGUGGCACUGUCGAAGGAAGACCCAAGCAAAGGCUCCUCCUCACUACAGGGCCAACAGUGCCAGGCCAUGUUCACUGUGGAGAAGGACGGGGAGAUUUGGCCGGAUGAUGGCCCUUACACAAAGCUGAGCGACCAGCUGCCAUCUCUCCUGAUCAGCUGGGCGCGCGAGAACAGCAGCGCAACAGCUUCCGUUUACCCCGCGACGCGCCUCAGCUUCCUCAAUGGUUCCGUCCCUUACGUCCCCUGCAAGAUUCGCCAAUACGACGUGCCUGACCUGAGUUCCUGCAGCGCGGCCAGGUCAUCUCGGGGCAAAAAGACCUGGAUCGCUUUCGUCGGCGACUCGAACGGCAGGCAGAAAGUCCACUCUUUUGUCUAUUUCCUUCCCCCUGACCUUGAAUACACUUUUUUCCUCGGCGAACAAAAGGUAACCCGCGAGGAGUUCCUGGCCUCCGUCGCUCACCACCGCCACCGCCCUCUGACUUUCGAUAUCCUUGGGCGCCGAAGGAAUGAUUCAAAUCACACGACGGAGAGAGAUCCUACUCAUAAUCCUGUCUUAACGACGGACGAGGAUAUCUUCAGUGCCUUUGAAGAACCUUACGAUCACCUGGCUUUCAACAGCACCUUGUUCCCCCUCCACGAGUCGGACGUCCCCCUCGAGUCGUAUGAGCUGAGGGUGACCUUGGUGUGGGCUCCGCUGGCGUCGGCAGUUCUGUCUCCCUUGGCAGAGGAGAGAAUGAGAGUCGACAAGUUGAAGGAGUGGGAGAAACAAGAGGUUAUUCCCGAUGUUAUUGUUGUGGGAUUCGGAACGUGGAUGAUGCUGAUGAAAAAGUUCAAAGAUGAACUGGUCCCUUACACUGAAGCCGAGUCCCUGGUUCGUCCCAUUGUGGCCCAAUUAACUCACCUGGCUGCGAGAACACCUGUCUUGUGGUGGCAUCAAAGUCGGUACCGUUGGUUUAAUUUCGAGAACAAUAUUGCUGGAGAGGAGAAGGAAGCUCUUUUGUGGCAUAAGAAAGUUGACAUCAACCAAUUCAGUGACGGAAUUCCCUUCAUGGAUGCUUGGCUCUGGCUGACUUCACUGAGAGGCACCGGCAUGUGGCAGUGGGACUCGACAGUGCCAUUCAACCUCGCCAACCACCGUGAGUGCCUUCGCCUAAGAUCCUCGGGGCUGGCUGAAGAAAACAUAUAUUAUGGCAAAUGGUGGAACUGCCAGGAUGUCCAUCACUCAUCUUACGAGACGAAUGCCGACGAGAUACAGAUGCUGCUAAAUCUUCUGUGCAAUCCUUAUCUCGCUCCCGAGAGUCGAUACUGCUGCUCCGGUGUACAGUAGGGAAUGAUAGCUUGGUAGUUUUAUCAUUUGUUUUGUCUUUGUUGUUGUUGUUGUUGUUGUUGUGGGAUGAAUGAAUGUUUGUUUGUGUGUUUUG